AUGCUGCAGCUGGAUAGGCGUGCGCUGCUAGUGGAGGUUGCUGCUGCUGCUGCUGCUGCUGUCCUGAGCGACUACUUGCUGCUGCUGCUGCUGCUGCUGCUGCUGCCAUUGGUCUUGGGUGUGCGUCUCUCCACGCUGCAUCAGCCCCUCGCCUGCUCUGACCUCUUGCUGACUGUUGCUGCUGCUGCUGCAACUGCUGCUGGUCAGCGUGCUGCAGCAACAGCAGCACAACGGGCUGUUGACGACCCUUCAGCAGCAGCACACGGCUCGGUUGCUGCUGCUGCUGCUGCUGCUGCUGCAGUGCAGCUGCCUGACGAACCGCCCUGCAGCGAUGCUGCUGGAGCCACCGUUAAAACCCCUCAGGGGCAGCAGCAACAGCAACAGCAGCAGCAGCAGCAGCAGCAGCAGCAGCAGCAGCAGCAGCAGCAGCAGCACUGCUGCUGCGAUGCAGCGUCUCCUCCUCUUUGCGGCAGCAGCAGCAGCAGCAGCAGCAGCAGCAGCAACAGUUGCAGCAACCCUGCCCGCAGCAGCAGCGCAACAGCAGCGCGCUCAAGUUCCAGCAGCCAGCCCAAGGCUGGAGGUACCUCUUCUGCUGCUGCUGCUGCUGCUGCUGCUGCUGCUGCUGGUGUCUCAGAUGCGGUGUACUCAGCCUUCAUGCGGAUGCGAGAGGAAGAGAUACAUCACCUGUACAUGGCAGGGGCAGCAACAGCAGCAGCAGCAGCAGGCUCAGCAGCAGCAGCAGCAGCAGCAGCAGGUGCCGGAGCCGCAGCAGGCGAAGGUACACCAGGUGGAGCGAUAUCGGGAGGAGCAGCAGCAGCAUCGCCAGCAGCCCAAACAGCAGCAGCAGCAGCACCAGCAGCAGCAGCAGCAGCAGCAGCAGCAGCAGCAGCAGCAGCAGAUCCUGUGCAGCAGGUUUGGUGCUGCGGGGCUUAUGUGGUGGUGGCUCGCGCAAGCGGGCGGCUGCAGGCGGCCUGGCGAGGCUGCGGCAGUUUGUCGCUGCUGCAGCGUCGGUGGAGGAUCUGCAGCAGCAGCAGCAGCAGCAGCAACAGCAGCAACAGCAGCAGCAGCAGCAGCAGCGACAGGGAAGGGGGGACUGUAGGAGAGGCAUCCCAGGAUAUAUCAGACAUCUCCAGCCACCACCUUGAACAGUAUCUGGGUCUCUGCACCUGGGUGGGUGUAUGUCUUGCGUCAGCGGCCACUGCAGCAGCAGCUGCAGCAGCAGAUGCAGCAGCACUUGCAGCAGCAGCCGCAGUAGCAGUUGCAGCAGCAGCUGCAGCAGCAGAUGCAGCAGCACUUGCAGCAGCAGCUGCAGCAGCAGCUGCAGCAGCAGCUGCAGCAGCAGUGCUGCAGCUGCGUAUACACCUGGGUUUGGGGGUUUGUGUGGGCGAGGGCCUCUACAGCCGAGCGCUGCGGCAGCUGGGGGCCCCCCACGCCUUUGGGCCCCCCGCUGACCCCCCCCCCGCAGACAGCCUGCAGCAGCAGCUGCUGCAGCUUGCUGCUGCAGCUAAGCCCCCCUACUCCAUCUGCUGCUCCUCAGGAGCCUUUCUGCUGCUCGUCCCCACUGUCCGCCGCAGCACUGCCUCCAGCAGCAGCAGCAGCAGCAGCAGCAGCAGCAGCAGCAGCAAGAGGAAGAAGGUGGAGCAGCGCAUGCAUCGUGCUGCAGCAACAGCUGCUGCUCCCCGCAGCGUACCCAGCUGCCCCCCUCUGGGGUAUUUGACUUCGUCGCGCAUGCAGCAGCUGGCGAGGGCUGCGUGGCAGUACUGCAUGCAUGCAGCAGCAGAAGCAGCAGCAGUGCAGCAGGUGCUGCUGCAGCUGUCGAAGGAUAUGAGUGCCCUCGCGCUGCAGCAUGAUGCAGCCUUUCUCCAGCUGCUGCAGCAGCAACACCAGCAGCAGCAAGAGCCACAGCAGCACCAGCAGCAGCAGCAGCAGCAGCAGCAGCAGGGAGACGAAUACACUGCCCCUCAGCUGUCUCUGCAGCAGCGACAAGGCGUGCUGCAGCAAAGACAAGAAGCACAAACAGCAUCUCUGUUGCUGCUGCUGCUGUCUCGUGUGUUCCUAGCUCAGAGAGCUGAAGGAAACCCAGAGCUGCUGCAGCUGCUGCAGCAGCUGCAGCAGCAGCAAGAGGGGGAGGCAUUAGCCCCCAAGCGUCGCCGCUGCCCAGCGCAUGCAAAGCGAGCAGCAGCAGCAGCAGCAAAGAACAAACGAAGGCCUCCUGCUGCUGCAGAGCCAAUCAAGCCUCAGCCAGAGGAAGACUAA